GAAGUGGAAAAGUGUCUUUUUUAUCUCUACAACUGAGGCAAUGGUGUAAGUGGGACCAGCACCUGUGACAGAAAGGGAUAUCCUUCCAGCAGGAAGGCCUUAGGAUGGCCCCUCCCAACAAUACUCAAUUUCAUCCAUCCUCUUUCUUCCUAUUGGGGAUCCCAGGUCUGGAAGAUUUGCAUAUCUGGAUUGCCUUUCCCUUUUGUGCUGUGUAUCUGAUUGCUGUUAUGGGAAACAUCACCAUCAUUUUUUUGAUACAGACUGAACGGAGUCUCCACCAGCCUAUGUUCUACUUCUUGGCCAUGUUGGCUGCCAUUGACCUGAGUUUAUCCACGGCAACCAUUCCAAAGAUGCUGGGCAUCUUCUGGUUCAAACUGAAAGAGAUAAUGUUUGGUGCUUGUGUCACCCAAAUGUAUGUCAUCCAUAUGUGCACCAGCUUUGAGUCUGUGUUACUUGCAGUCAUGGCCAUUGAUCGCUAUGUAGCUAUCUGCAAUCCACUGAGAUAUACUAUGAUCCUCACCAAUAAGAUUGUAGUCAUUCUGGGAAUUAUCAUUAUAGUAAGAUCUUUACUCUUUAUCACUCCAUUCAUAUUUCUCAUCCUGAGAUUGCCUUUCUGCAGUGCUCAAAUUGUUCCUCACACCUACUGUGAGCAUAUGGGUAUUGCUCGUUUGAGCUGUGCCAGCAUCAGAGUGAAUAUCUUAUAUGGACUGGUGGCUUUUUCUGUAGGAUUUAUUGAUAUUUGUGUGAUUGGUUUUUCCUAUAUAAAGAUCCUUCACACAGUUUUCUACCUUCCAUCCUGGGAUGCCCGGUUCAAGGCUCUCAACACCUGUGGCUCUCAUGUCUGUGUUAUUCUUAUCUUCUAUAUCCCUGCCUUCUUUUCUUUCCUGACACAUAGAUUUGGUCAUAAUAUCCCUGGCUACAUCCAUAUUCUUCUAGCCAAUAUGUAUGUGGUAGUUCCACCCGCACUCAAUCCUAUCAUCUAUGGCAUCAGAACCAAGCAGAUCCGAGAGAGUGUUCUAAGAAUAGUUAAUACCAAACGUUUCUAAUGCUAAGUUUCAGGAAAAUAGUGCCAUUUCUUCCUAAUUUUAUUACCUUUUAUAGUGGCCCAGUGUUCUAAUGUUAAUGAUGCUUAGAGAUCUAUUAUGAAAGAUAGUUCAUCAUCAAAAAAAUUGUGAAUUCAGAGGAUA